CCUCAAGAAAAGUAGACCUGUGCUCAAGAAUAGCCUGAAGCUCUUGCGGGAACUGGAAGAAGAUGCAAGACGAGGCGAACACGAUCUCCAAGCUUAUGUGGAUGCAGGUGUUGAUCUACCGCUUUUUCUGGAGCCUAGUGAUCUACAACCUCUGGGACGAGUACCCUCAACACAACGUCGUGGAAGCCAACCAGAUGAGGAGGAGCAUCAUCCCAUAGAAAUGCGCUCGCUCCAAGAUCUCUACAAGGAGGAAGAGGAUGCCCUACGAGAACUCAAAAAGAGCCAACAGAAGUUAUGGCCCAAUACAUUUAGAUUUCGGACUUAAUUCAAUUGGGGAAAUGCAGGGUAGAAGUGAAGCGUUUUGAGCUGCUCUAACAGAUGGAGAAAGCGGUGUCGUCAAAGUCCCACGUCGAGCACGACAAGUGGUUUUGGAUAUCCCAGAUGAGGAUUUGCCUGGUGCAGCAUUGACGAGGUCGGCGGCGCGUGUGGGGAUGAGAGACCUGGCGCAGAACUUUUUCAAUCUUACCCCAGCACACAGUGAAGAGGCGCAACUUGCGGAUAUAUUAGGGGUGAGCUAAGAAUUACAUGAGACCAAGUUAGGCUUAUAGGUUAGGGCUAGGAAUUCAACUGUAAAAAUCCAGAUAAAUUAUACAUCGAAAUAGAACGACUGUUGUUACACCCUUCUCUUGAAAAACUUGAGAAAUUCAAUUUAAUCGAGCUAAGGUAGAGAUGAGCAAAAAUUUAAAAAUUAGAAAUUUAGUUGAAUCAGAACAGCAUGGAUUUGGCAUUUGAUCGCGUUUUUAUCACAAUGAAUGAAUAGCCAUAUUAUGAUCAGCGAGGAUAGGUUGAAAAUACGAGCGCGGUUCUUGAUAUAUUUAUAGAAAUAGACGUACUUCAUCAACAUAGAUCAUUUGAAUUUGAAAUUAUGGACUGAAGUAUAUGGAAAGUUGGUGUUUUUUCACAUUAGAAAGAUAAGGAUACGCCACAGGGACGGCACCGGGAGACGUGAUCAUUAUUCACGGAGAAGUAUACUAUGUAUAAGAUCCAGGCAUUUAGAACUAUGAUAGAAUAAUUUCGAAGAAGAUCACACUACAGACGGUCGUGAAGAGUUUUUCAUGUUGAACAAUGUUGUGCAAUGAUAUUUCAACAGCGGCCACUUCUCCAUAUUCAUGCACGUCCUUCUUCCUGACAUGAUUAAGAUUACAUUAGAAUCAAAUGUUAGCCUCUAUACCUACAGGAAAAAGGGCCCACAACCGAUGGCCUUCACUCAGAGACUAUACCUUGGAAAAGAGGAGGUAGGAAGGUAGAAUUUGCUGGGGGGGAGACUGAAACGGGUACACCAUCUAUAAUUGCUUCUUCCACACCAGGUGUGGUGAGCGUCAAUAUGAUUAUUUGGUCUAGUACAACAGAUAGGUCGAGAUUUAGUUCUUCUUCAUGAGCAUAGGUUCCUGAGAAAGAUGUCGACAUACAUAGUGAGUGUAACUUUCAAGGUACUUCUUAGAGACUGUGAACUUGAACUUGAACUUGAACUUCAUAGUGAGUGAACUUGAACUUCUUAGAGACUGUCUUCUUAUUUUCGGUGCCGCCAACCGCUGUACGUAGAGGUGAUCAGGACAUUAUUUUGUUCUUUCUGCUGCAUUGGUUUGAAAACAGUCGAAUUAUGGCAAGAAAAGUGUAGACAAAGGACUCUCUGUAGACAGAGCAGGACUUGAUGGACUUGAUUGGGUAUCUACAGGUGUACCAUCUUCAAAAAGAAUGUUGAUGAUGCCCAUGCCCACGACGCACUAGGACAGGUCUUCGCACUUCUUGAGAACACGACGACGACCGCAAGAUUCUUGGGGUUUUGUGGUGCCGACGAACCUCGCCACAUCAUCUAAUUGAUUUUAGGUUCAGACAUUGUAGAUAACUAGCCCACAGGGGCUGACCAAACGCUGUGCGGGAACUACGAGCCUAUAGGGGCUGACCUUAGUUUCACAUACGGGAUUAAAAGUAAUCAGAUACAGCGAGGGUAGCACAUCGAAGGGACGAGGGCAUUACUCAUAAGUCGAUGCAACCAGGUCUGCAGCGACUCGCAGGUUUUGUCAUGACAGGGCAAUGGGAAGGUAUGACAGAUGUAACUGUAGACAGGCACAGACGAGUACCACACAGACGGUGCCAUGAGCAUGCUUUUUGUGGUACGUAUGUGGUUGUAUCUGCCAAAAUUUGACAGUACUAGAAACUCCCGUGCUGAUUAAUCCCAUCGUACGUACAUUACGCCACCGAGUGCCAUGAAUUCCUCGCAAUGAAUAUGUGUUUAUAAUUGAUGCCUGUAAAAAGCUACUUAGAAGAUUCGGCUCAUGCAGGAGAGAAGCCAAUAAUGUUAAAAGUGAAAGAACGCGUAUAAUAGGUGGAUACGGUAGAUAUCGAGUCCAUCAAUCGUACGGAUAGACUCGUUCAGAAAAAUAAUGCUUGGCGGUUGAGGGUUUUCUGGAUCGAUUGCAUAUGUUUGACUUACAUUUUCCGGUCUUUUGGAUUUUUGACGUUACUUGUUGCUGAAAAGAAGUUGUGGUCGUGGUUUUUACUUCUUGAUGAAAAUGAUAGGGUUUAGAGUACUUUUCCGCUGCUGUGGACGCAUGCAGAAUUAAGUUGCCUCUAACCUCUCAGGGCUGUUGACGUUGGUACCUAAAAUUGAUUCCUUGCUCUUUGAUAUAAUUCAUGAAAUUCCAUCAGAAUUUUUUCUUUUUUUUUUGUAUGCCAAGAACGCCGGAAGGGUGAUCCUAGUUUUUACCAGUUCGCAAACCGGCGACAGGUGGAGUCCGGUUACCUCCUUAUAUCAAUGUGCACUAAUUGCCUACGAACCCGUCGAUUAUAAACUGAUGAACCCUAGGGGUGAAGGAGGUAGGUUAAAAGUCUUAUAUAGACCUCCACCGGCUGCCAACCGUCCCACGCUUAUACGCCUACCUUCAAGGCACGAGCGCAGGGGAUGUGAGUCAUAGUGUUGUUAUAUUUGAAUCACAUAUACUUGUUCCAUUUCCAUAGAAAUGACACCUACUUGUUUCCAUAGAUUACCGAUUACUAAUCGCAUGUGCCUUGAGUCACAUGCUUAUAUCGAUCGUCCUGCGUGGUUUUAUCAGCCACCGAUGUCGUGAAUUCGGAUGUUAUCUGUGAGCCCUAAUGCUAAAGUAUGUAGGGUUGCCCUAAUCUUCCACCACGUCUUGUGGUAUCAUAAUUUUGGGGUAUGACCGAGGUUUGUCUACAUAGUGUAUGCGCAACCGUCUCGGGCUAGGCUUGUUGCUCCCUUGAUCCUACCGCUUUCACACUAUUAUAAAUAUAUGCAACAGUGUACUAUCCUAAUGCGUAGCUUCCUUUGCUUAGAUACAACAAGAUUCAACUGUGCUACAAGAUACGUAUCAACAAUUGGAGAGUGAGCUCUAGCGUAGUGUUUUCAGAUGAGAACUGAAGGAGCCAACAUGCAACAUUAUUAAUAACAGCAUGCGUUUUAUGGUGUGUAGAGAAAAAUCCUGAAUAUACUCACAGCAAGUUCGGCUCUACUUCAAUGAUGUGUGCUUCGUGUAUCCAAAAAAAAAAUAAAAAGCAACGGGAGAUCUUCAUCUGAGGGAGCGUUACUCACAUGAUUCCUGAAGUCCUCAUUGGGCCUCAUCAGGGGGUUGGAAAGAGCGUUCCUUUCAGCGCGACUGGUAACAACGUCUCCGUGAGGAGCGAAAUAAAAAGCUGGUGUGUGACGAGCUGGUGCGUGAUGGUGUGACCAAAGUGUGGCGGUCAACGGCUUAAGAGGACACUAAGGAACUCUUUAGAUGUAAUCUACAAUAAGCAAGAUAUUGCACGUAAGUCCCCCUCCCCCAAACAACAGGUAGCCCCUUUACCUCAGGAAUAGGCACAUCAAUCAGUCAAUCAAUCAAUCAAAUGAGUAAAUUUGAUGAGGUGUAAAUUAGAGCCAUAAACAAAAGAAAGCGAAUUUUUUUAGAAGACCUUCAACUUGUAGAAGAUUCUUACAUGCUGGAUCUUUAGGUCGUUAGCGACAUGAAACGGAGGAUGAGACUUCCUACUUGUUCCUGCUUUUUAAGAUUCGAAAUACAUCCCUGUGGAGGCAACCUGAUUGAUGUUGCUAUGGAUGAUCUUUUGUGGGCUCGGUCAGCGGGAGCGCAGUCGUGGUGGCACAGUCCAGAGUUGGCCCUGGGUCUGCUUGUUCCUCCGUUAUCCAGCACCGCCGCUCGUUAGACGGCCGCAUAUAGUUGACUGACUGACUGAUCCUCCAUUAGCCCGAAACAGCCUCAGCAAAGCGGGCAGAGUCCAUAGACAACCGCAGCCGAUUCGCGCCCGGGGUUCCUAGUAACUGACUACAUUGGGUGGCUAGCCUCUGGCUUGUUGCUAUGGGUGGCCUUUAGUGGGCUAGGCCAGCGGGAGCGCGGUUGCCUUUGUCAGCUGAGUUGUGCGGGCCCAUCCUUCACCAGCCCGACACACCGUAAGCAAAGCGGGCAAAGUCCAUAGACGGCCGCAGCUAGUUUGCGCCUGAUCUUCCUUUUAAGUGACUACGUUAGGCGACUAGCCUCUGAUCUAUUCUUAUGGGGGGCCUUUACCCUUAGUGGGCUAGGUCAGCGGGAACACGCGCGUGCUUGCACAUUCCAGAGCUGGCCUGGGGUCUGUUUUUAGUUCCUCCGUUCUCCAGCGCCGCCGCUCGUUAGACGGCCGCACGCACUUGAUUGAUCCACUAAGUUCAAUACGUAUCCGCCGUUGCCCUGGACUGAAAAGCACGCCUUUCUUACUUUCUCUCCGAAGAAGGAGCAUCUACAUCAAUUUUAAUAGCCAAAAUAAUGAGCUAGCUGUGAUGUGUGUCUUGCAAGCCGUGCAGAUGUCUCCAUAUGUCCUGUAAAAGACUAUAACAAAAACAAGACUUGUUCUCAUGAGCAUUAAUCUAAGAACAUGAUGAUCUUUGUAAGCAUGACACGAGCCUCGUCCAUGUUCAACAUUUAUUGACUCAUCAGGUUGUCAUCCGCGCAAUGUUGCCUUACAUUGUCCGACGUCGUUUUGAAUUGAUCCUCCCUUUUUCUCGUUCGAUGUUCUGCUUCUACGGUGUCGAAGUACCUGCUAGACCGCAUCGCCUCUCUCGUCCC